AUGUUCGAACUCGACCGAACUGUGGUCGUCCAAGUUGGCGGAGUUCGCCUUUCAGUUCUCACCCGAAGCAGAAGCAGGACAAACCUUUGGCGUAUCACUGGAAUUAUUCUCCAGUAUUUGAUAGCAUAUUCCUCCUGGAAAAUUGAUCAGGGUACUACUGAGAAAUGCGGAUCGGGCUUAGUCACAGAUGAAGACAUGAGACAAGGAGAUUUUGUGAUUGAAUAUGUUGGGGAAGUUAUUGACGACAAAACAUGUGAGGAAAGGCUUUGGAAGAUGAAGCACUGUGGGGAGACUAACUUCUAUCUCUGCGAGAUUAAUCGUGAUAUGGUUAUUGAUGCCACAUACAAAGGAAAUAAAUCUAGAUUUAUAAAUCACAGCUGCCAACCUAAUACUGAGAUGCAAAAAUGGACAAUUGAUGGCGAGACACGAAUUGGCAUAUUUGCAACUCGUGACAUAGAGAAGGGAGAGGAAUUGACUUAUGAUUAUCAGUUUGUACAAUUUGGAGCAGAUCAAAAUUGCUACUGUGGUGCCAAGGGCUGCAGACAAAAGUUAGGAAACAGACCUAGUAAGCUGAAAUUCUCUUCAGAUGCUGCUUUGCAGCUAGUACUUUAUGAGAUGGCAGCCACAUCUCCCACUAAGAAUGCAGUUUUUCAUGAAAAAUAUGAUUUUGCGAGUGGAAAAUCUAGCAUGGGAAAUUCAGAGAGUAUUAUUCCAUUUAAAAAGAAGACAACUUCUCAAAAUUGUAUUUGGGAAGUCGUGCGAAUUUGGUGCCCACGGAAUAAAAGGUACUUUGGAGGAGUCAUUGUAGAAUUCAACUGUCACACCAGAAGGCACACUAUUUUAAGAGAAGAUGGAGAGCUUGAAAAUCUUGAUAUGUCAAAGGAAGAUUGGGAACUUUUAUGACCUUUCAAAUUGUGGGAUUAAAUGGUAAAUAUCUUAUUAGCAAUGUUAAAAUAACAUUAAAAAUCGCCAAAACGUGACUCAUUGCAUGCGGAUGAAUUGUGGUCUUUAUUUUCAGCUAAUUUAGCUUUUCACAUAUUUAUAUUCUCCUACCAUUCUUGUAUAUCUAUAUGCCUAUUGUUGUAUAUGCACAAACGUGAACUCAGGUCCAGGCCGAGUCAUCCUUGUUAACAUAGUGAUGCAUAUGCAGAAUUUUGUGAA